AUGGGCUCGGUCAUCCACCACGCCAUUUUGCAGGCCCGCGCCAUCCUGUCCUCGAUGCUGUCGCCAUGGCACCGUCGUGACGCCAUGCGCACUUUUUUGUACCCGGCCCUCAACUUUGCCAUGCGGUGCGGUGUCCUCACCAAGACCGACUGGCGCCGGCUCGACGACGCUGUACACCCCUUGGUCAAGCGGACGCUGUACCUGCCGACCAACACAUCGGGCCACUAUGUCUAUGGGAGCACCGCCGGCGGAGCUGCUGCCAUCCACGUGGCCGCAGAGUUGAGCGAAAUAUGUCGCAUCGACUCCGCCUUCAAACUCCUGACCACGGCAGACCGGGAGUGGCGUGACAUGGCCCUCUCCGACGCCUACGCGGUGGACUCGGCGCACCUCGGCUGGGAGGCGACCCGGUCGGAGCUUGAGGCCUACCUGUCGGGCCGACGUUACUAUCCUAUAGACGCACCGCAACCGCGUCAUGCGGUCUAUCUGUGGGGUCUCCCGGACCGGGACCAGCGAUGCCGGACCUGCGGCUACCAGCGGGAGAUCCUGCCGCACGUGCUGGGCCAUUGCAUGGCGAGGAGCGCCUUGCACACGGCCCGGCACAACGCCGUGGUUGACCGCAUCCGAGCCGCAGCCGCCCGGAACUUCAUCGCCUUUCUGAACUACCCCGUUGACGACACCGGUCUCCGGCCCGACCUCGUCCUUGUCUGCGGUGAGGAUGACAUCGCGCUGGACGUCACGUGUCCAUUCAAGAACAAGCGCGAGCCCUUCUCCAAUACGCAGAACGACAAGGUGUCCCGGCACGAGCCUGUUGCCGCUUACCUCCGUCGACGCAACCAGCGGGUCUCGGUGGCAGCUGUCAUCGUCGGUGCAUUGGGCGCGUGGGAUCCUGACAACGACCGAGUCCUGCACCGCAUCUGCUCCAGACUAUACAUCCGGCUCUUUAAGAAGCUCAAGGCCCGGCACAAACAGCGAAACAGCGUCAAGAAGAAGAUGAAGAAGAAGAUGAAGCACAACAAGCGGCACGAGCAGGGACUCUUCAGCGAUGCGUAG